AGUGGGAACAUUGUCGUAAUCCCCAUCUGCCCUCUCUUUUGAAAACACUCUUAGCUUUGUCGGGGUCGCCGGUGCUUUUUAGCCCCUCUCCGUCUCAGUCAUGAAGGGUUUCACGUCAGGCUGUAGGAAAGCAUGGAAAGGAUGACCGGGGAAGCGUGGAUUUCCUGUGACUUCGAGCAGACCUGGGCCUCACUACGCGAGGGAGGCCUCAAAGUCAGAGCAUGCCAUGCAGUAGCGUGGUGAGGCAGUGGGAGAUCAGGCCCACAGUCGUGCUGCGUGGGAUAAAAGACACCAGGGUCCUCAUGUGGCAGUGGAUUCAGGGGCUGAACCGGGCCUGCAGGCAGAGCUGGGGCUACCGAGUUAACUACAAUGCAGACCAAGCAGAACAGGAGAUGGUGUGCCUCGAGCCCAUGGGAUCAGAGCGGAUGGAGAUGCGAAAGAGGCAGAUGUCGGUGCAGCAGGAGUCGGCAGCGGGGGGAACUGCACCGGCCCAGCAGGACCAGCCGGGCCAGGCCAACCCACGGAGCUCCAACGCUUGUUGCUUCUGCUGGUGCUGCUGCUGUAGCUGCUCCUGGAACGAAGACAGGGAUGAAAGGACUCGAAAGGCAUCGUAUGACGUCAAAGAAGAGACCUCAGACUGUGAAGACUGCCCGAAGCCCACGCUGGAGGAGGUGCGCGUGUGGGGACAGUCGUUUGAUAAGCUGAUGGGCUGUCCAGCGGGGAGGAACUCUUUCCGGCUAUUUCUUCGCACCGAGUUCAGCGAAGAGAACAUGCUGUUCUGGCUUGCAUGCGAGGAGUUCAGCAAAGAGACCAAUAAAAGUGUGAUCGAGGAGAAAGCCCGGCUCAUCUACGAGGACUACAUCUCCAUUCUCUCGCCAAAAGAGGUGAGUCUCGACUCCCGAGUGCGCGAGGCAAUUAACAGGAACAUGCCGGAGCCCAACUUGCACACGUUUGACGACGCCCAGUUGCAGAUCUACACGCUAAUGCAAAGAGACUCUUAUCCCCGCUACUUGAACUCCCCAGCGUACAAAAACCUGCUCAACACUCUGUCAGAGCAGUCCCCCGAAUCUUAGGGUGGCGACGACAACCUGUGAUCUUUUAACCCUCUUUGCCCUUUCUUAGUCCUUGAAUCCUCCACCACCCACCCGAUCCCUACCCCCAGUUUUUGAAGAAGAAAAAAAAUUUGUCUUUGUAUGUUCAGUGUAGGAUUACAUGAGCCAGGCCUCAGGGCCCGGCCCCUCCCAGGGAUCUCAGUGCUUUUGUGAUCUGCACCUGACCGAAGACACUCAGGUCUGAAAAACCUCCCGAGGGCUCGACAUCACAUGUACUGCUACAUAUCGACAUAGCAAAACACUCCAAAGGAAUACAAAUAACACUUUAUUUCUGUUUCUUUUUCUCCUUUUUUUGAUAGAAAUAUUCUAUUUUAUUUGUGUUCAGAGUUUUUUAUGGUCUGUUGUUUUUUGUAUGAUUGUUUUGGGGGAAAAUGAUUCCUACUGUAGACUACAUAUACAUAUAUAUUUAUGAGUUUGUAAAUAGUUCAAAUGAAAUUGUGGGUAUUUUAUGUGGAAACGCCUGGUUCUAUUUACUGCGUAUGAAAAUCAAAGCUCAAGUCAAAGCUACACAUUAGCUUGACUUGCAGGCAGCUUUGUGGGGUACUGUUUUAUUUUUUAUUCUUAUUUGGUUUCACUUUGUUUUGUUACCGAACCUCAAACUUCAGUACCUGUGGCAGCGACUUGGCAACUCCAGUUCACGCACAGCCUGUGCGCAGUUUAAAAUGCUGUAUGUAUUGAACUGAUAGAGUGCAAAAAAAAAAAAAAGUAUCAGUAAUGGUGAAGAAUGUUUUAUCUUUUAUCAAUUGCCUGCAAAAGACAGUGUUUGUUUUUUCAAUGCUAAUGUUACACAUAGCACACCUGAUAGGUUUAUUAAAGAUUUAUUGGUGUAACAUUUGAAACUAAGUAAGUAGAUUUCACCAGAAAAAGUAUUUUAUUUCAUAUUUCAACAUCUAAAAUUAUAUUUAAUUAUUUUGAUAAAGAACAUAACAAAGAAAAUUAAGACAUUUUAUUCAAGAUAUUUUAUUUGAUGGGUCUGCAAUUUUCCUAACACUUUCCAAGCCUUUCCUUAUAAUAGCUACAUUCUGUCACUUCAAAAGAGGCAAUUAGACUUAAACAAAAUAAUAAUAGGCGAGUUUUCGAAAUAUGCUGCAGUUUUAUUGUAAAGACAUAAACCAUAUUUCCACAACUCUUAUUUUAGAUUAAUAAUAAUAAUAAUAAAAUCAAGUGCAUGGCUAUGCUGCCAAAAAUAGCCAAACAGUGAUGUUGAUACAUUUGCGGUGUCAAACUCAACACACUGUUCACCUAAGAAAAACAGAGUAAUAGCAAAGUCGAGUUCAUCUGCAAAUUUUUUUCAGUGAGGGGGACAAAGUCAGCAGAAAUGUUGUCUGAGAGCCGUAGCUUGGAGACCUAGCAAACCAGCACCCAACAGGGGGAUUUAAAAUUGCCCAAUGGUAAGCCCAGUCUGCCAGGAAUGCACCAUGAUGAGGAAUUACUGCUUUAGAGGAAAAGUGUAAAUGGAAAUACUGUCGAAACAAAUCCUGGCAGCAUUCAGGUAGAGGUAAUUUCUGCUCCAGUUCUGACCAGCAUUGUCACUUUGAAGCCCAUGUUUCUAAACAACUUGCCCUAGAUUACCUUUGAUUAGGGAGUCAUGCAGUGGUUGGAAAAGUUUCUCUUUUCUCUACAUAAUCCAUCCAUGUUCUUUUGUGUGUAACUGUAUUUUAGUAAUAUAGCUGUCAGACCGUUAUUCAGACGACGCCUUCACACCAUCAAAACUCUACAAGUCCAUUUGUAGUUAGUUUACUCCCUGUCUGUGUUUAAUACCAGACAGUUUUCGGUAUAGAAUUGUAGAUUUGUUGCAAAAGUGCCCGCUAUAUUCUUUUUAUGUCUCGCCAAAAAAAAAAAAGCCACAUAUCCAUGAGACAUAUUUCUGUUAAAAAGGUAUAUUUCAACAAUAAAACAAUCCAUGAUCUGCCUACAGCCACACAGAGAGACAGCUUUAAAACUGGUGCCAUUUCAGAUGCAGCGUCAUCAUUUAUAUAAAGACCCAUUUAUAUGGAGUGUGAGGUCAGGAUUGCCAGCGUCACCCUUUCAUGUUCCGUGUUGCUGGCAAAAGAGCCACAUUACUAUACUCAAGCAGGGCAUGAAACAUAAAGGCAUGCUGAGAUCUGGAGCUAAAAAGUCAAAAGCCCAUAAACAUGGUGCACACAUCAAUACUCAGAUUUUUUUAGAAAAUUAGCGUCUUAAGAUUUCAUUUGAUGUGUUGUUGAGAUGGAAUAUGGCACUCUGGGUGUGAAGCUUGUUUGAUAACUUAUGUUAACAUUUUAACAAACAGGAGAUUCCUCAAUACGCCUCCAGAACAUGUCCAGACUGAGAAUUAUCAUAUAGUUCGACAGGUUUUCCGCUCCAAGAAUCUCUGUCAAUUAUUAUUCAUUUACAGCAAUAUUUUUAAAGCAUUACUGACUGCAUGUGUUUUAAAUAUUCUCUUUACACUGAAAUUACAGUUCCCUCCUGGUUUCAGCCAAUCAGCACAGUGCCCAUGAUUCAGAAAGUAAAGAAUAAACAUAAAAUCGGUCUAUCUGGUAUUGCCUUCCUGCUUUGGGGGGUUCAUUGAAAAAAAGCUAUUUUUUUCAGAAAGACACGUUUUAAAAAUGACUUAUCUGCUUAAAAAAGCAACUGAAGGGCUGAAUUGUUUUACAUUUAUUUCAUACUUUCAAGUUUUCUGGGGUUUUCUGGCUCUCCUCUAUAUACUCUCAAAAAUUUCACGAUGACAUUCAUCCAACUUAAUAAAACAGUUUCGGUUAAUGCUGUUUAUUGACUUGUUGGGGAAAAAAGAAGCAACCACAUCAUUUUCAUGAGCAAUAACUAAAAGUAAAACUUUAAAGUGUGUCCAAAGAACAGGCAGGAAAGUCAUGAGAAAUUACAGACCUGUUAAUAAAGCAUCACCGUGAGAUUUAUCAUAAAAUAGUCAUAUAUAUAUUUGAAAAUGUAUAUAAAAUAUUAUGGUCAGAAUUAAUGGCAGGGGGGUCUUGCCAGGUUAGCAUAAACACCAAAGCUAUCUUGUAUACUGUGUUCAUAUGUUUAAAGAGGGUUUAGACUAAAAUUGGAGUUGCCAAGUGUUUAAUACUUAUAAUAUCUAGUUUUAUUUGAAUUUCUUUGUUGCCUCACGUCGUGUCACUCGAAGACAAGAUCCUCACAUGGGGAAGUGCCUUGACAUUCAGUUUUCUGACAUCUUUCUCAUGGGCAACAGUUGUUCGCUGACAUUGCGCCGGAAGGUCGUUCACUGGAGCGCGGCUCCAGUUUUACCGGAAAUUGUCCCUCUCAUUGGCCAAAACGUCACACGUGUUUGGUCUCGAUUCCUCUCUCGUGAGUACAUCGGUUUCACGGCGACAGGAAGGAGCGCCUCUUUGUCAGCUGAAGACGGAGAUCGCUGCGUCCAGGGCUGAGGAGAUGGAGCUUUCUUGCCGACCUUUGUGCUUCAUGGUGGCACUUGUCUUAGAGUUAACUCAAACUCACUACAUAUGAUGUGCAAUUUGAGCUGAAGGGUCCCAUUGUGCAGAUCAACCUCAAAACACAAUCUAAGCCAAUGGUUUGGAGUGAUGCCUAUAAUUGUUUCUUCUGUUUACUUUAUGAAAUGUGUUAUUUUGCGCUGAGUUUACCUAUAAAAACAUUUUUUGAAGAAAAAAAAAAAAAACAACAACAACAAUGUGAAUGUUUACAGUAUGGUUUAGUUUUUUUUGUUUUGUUUCGUUCUGCUUCUUUCCAAGAAAUAAAUUGACUUGUGGGCAUUUCGAUUGAAAAAAUAUAUAUAUAAUAAAGCACAAUAAUUUUACUCA